UACUGUUGUGGUUGCUUCUCUGUAUGCGUGUGUAUAUCUGGCAUCGCAGCGAAAAAAAAAAAAAUAAUAAUAAACAAUUGCCCCGAAAUUGUUGAUUCUGGGUAUCACGUUUCAAAGCCGCGAGUUCUGAACCCCCCAAAACGACCAUGUCCGCCUACUAUAACCUGCUACUACAAGCGGACACCUACGACGACGAGUCGAUAGGCGACGAGCGUAGCGAAGAAGACACGGACGACGCCAGCGAGACAGAGUUCCGCAGCCCCAGCCGCUACGGCGCCAUGAAUGGGACCUCCAACAGCAACAACAUGGGCACCAACAGCGAACUGAAGGAGCAAAUGUACCAGCACAAGCUGCUCAACCUGCAGAAGCAGAUUGAGGAACUGGGCCAGCUGGUGCACCCGGAGUACGUGAAGCGCGUGAAGAAGCUGGACAACCAGCUAAAAGAGCGCCGACGCAUGAACGAGAUCUACAAGGAGUACAUGCGCGAGUGCGUCGAACGGGACUAUGUGCUGGAGAAGAUGGCCGCCCAGAAGGAGUACGACGAAAAGAUGAUGGACCUCAAAGACAACCUGAUCUCGGACUUCGAGGACCGCAAGCGCCAGAUCGAGAGCGAGCGCUUCAGCAUCGAGCUGACCAACGAUUCCAUGGAGAUCAAGACGACGAUCACGCGCAAGCUGCGUCGUCGCCCCAACGAACCGCUUCCGGUGAUCGAGAAGCGCCGCAAGCCGGCCACCGGCCAGCUGCUCAUCUACCAGCUGGAUGACAAGGAAAUCGAGUCGGACCUGAAGAUCAUCCAGCGCGGCAGACCGAAUCCAGUUCCCCAGCAAAACGGCAGCGGCUCCUACGGCAGCGGCCCCCAGCAGCAGCAGUCGAUGCACGUGCUGGCCGAGCCGACCUCCAACAGCGGCCUGGUGGAGACCCGCAUCGAGGACAACAAGCUGCUGUACGAGCGACGAUGGUUCUGCCGCGGCCAGCAGGUCUAUGUGGAGGGCAAGGAGAUGAGCAAGUUCGCGGCCACCAUUACGGCCAUUGGCAACGAGGUGGUUUGGGUGAAGCGCACCAACGAGACCAAGGUCAAGAUCAACAUGUCCCAUCUGGCCAAGGGCAAGAUCUCGAUAAAGCGCCGAUAGCUCCGCCGCCGGGCCGGGCGUCUCCACAUCACGCCCGCCCCGUUUCCUCGGUCAAGAGACGUAUUUUCAUAAAAUUAUUGGUACAGACAUAGCACUAGAUUAGGUGUACAUUUUUUAAACGCAUAUGCGUAUUGCAGAUUGUAAAUAAUGAAACCACAAUUAUUUUAUAUACAAAGCGAUUUUUUUAUUGUUGCAAGCGAAUACUUUCCAGCGUAGUGCGUCCCAGUUGAGAUGCACAACGUUUUUACGGGGAAACGUAGGUCCAUAUCCAGUUUUUAGCCAUGUUAAGGAAAUAAUAGUCUCCAGAUACCUUCAGAUGUAUUCUAAAUGGAGGAAUGUAGCAUGCCUUACUGUUUUUCUGAUUUCUUACGGAGUACAUAACCUUAACUAUCCAAACCAGUUUUCUACUCCGGGUUACCAUGGGUUAAACCUAGAAUAAAGCCAUUCGGAUAAUGCUAUAGUUCUUUUGGGCGGCCUAAAUAAAUAAUCUAAGCGAUGCGAAUUCUUUAUGGUCCGCGUAUAGCAGCAUACUUACUAGGUGGCUAGUGGGAUUCAGUACAUAAAAUCUUAGUUGAAAGUCACUAACGUUGAAUGGGGAAGCACUUGCAACUUUUAAGAUUUAACUAAAACCUAACUUUGGGAACUAUUGUAUUUAGAGAAUUAGAAAUAUUAUAGGUAAAAGUCAGCUGCAGAACAACAAAAAGAUGCUCGUGAGCAAAAGAAGACUAUUUAAGUAACUAGUUUACUUAACUUACUUAAUUUAACUAAUUGUGAAACGAAAUUGAGCAUUAAAACACGUUCCUGCACAUAAAAAGACUUUUGGUUUAUCGUUUAGAAAAUAUUCCAUUUUCUUUGAUGGUAAAUCAUUAUUUUGAGCAAAUUUAAUCUAUGCCCUUGCAAUUAAUGCAGCUUUUGUUAUGAGCUACUAAAUCCUAAUCUUAUUUAAAUAUUCGAAAAUAGUGUUUUGAGCCAACUGGUUUAAUCCUAACUAAGUCUACUAUGUUUGGGCACAGCUAUAAACGAAUCUGAUGAAUUUCUGCACAUCUUUUUUAUAAU